GUAAUUCGAAGUCAAGCAUUAGACAUUCGACUCGUUUUCUCUCUCUACAACUCCUCUCUCUCUCCGCUCCUCCCCAUCCGAGUGUGUAGUUUCUCGGGGUUUGCCGCGUUUCUCACUCCUCUUCUCCAUCCGACUGAAGUAUCUCGCUCAUCAACACCGAACCUCAGAUCCUCCAAGAUGGCAAUGGAAGUCACCCAAGUUCUUUUGAAUGCACAAUCGGUGGAUGGAACUGUACGGAAGCAUGCGGAAGAAAGUUUAAGACAGUAUCAGGAGCAAAAUCUCCCUGGUUUCCUGUUAUCUCUUUCUGGAGAGCUUGCUAAUAAUGAGAAGCCUGUAGAUAGUCGUAAAUUAGCAGGUUUGAUCCUUAAGAAUGCCUUAGAUGCCAAGGAACAACGUAGAAAGUUUGAGCUUGUUCAAAGAUGGUUGUCACUGGAUGCGGAAGUGAAGACCCAGAUAAAAACAUGCUUGCUUCAGACCCUCUCUUCUCCUGUGCCUGAUGCUCGGUCGACUGCAUCACAAGUCAUUGCAAAGGUAGCGGGUAUUGAGCUGCCGCAGAAACAGUGGCCUGAGCUGAUAGGAUCACUCUUGUCAAACAUUCACCAGCUUCCAGUUCAUGUCAAGCAAGCCACUUUAGAAACAUUGGGCUAUUUGUGUGAAGAAGUUUCUCCAGAUGUUGUAGAACAAGAUCACGUUAAUAAGAUACUUACAGCCGUGGUUCAGGGUAUGAAUGCAUCUGAAAGCAACAAUGAUGUUAGGCUUGCUGCUACCCGAGCAUUGUAUAAUGCUCUUGGCUUUGCUCAAACAAAUUUUAAUAAUGAUAUGGAGCGCGAUUACAUCAUGCGAGUUGUGUGUGAGGCGACUCUAUCACCAGAAGUGAAGAUCCGGCAGGCAGCUUUUGAGUGUUUGGUCUCUAUUUCUUCUACAUACUAUGAGAAAUUAGCUCCUUACAUGCAGGACAUUUUUAACAUCACUGCAAAGGCUGUAAGAGAAGAUGAGGAGCCUGUUGCUCUUCAAGCGAUUGAAUUCUGGAGCUCUAUCUGUGAUGAGGAAAUAGAUAUAUUAGAAGAUUAUGGGGGUGAUUUUACUGGGGACUCUGACAUUCCUUGCUUUUAUUUUAUCAAGCAAGCUCUCCCUGCGCUUGUUCCCAUGUUGUUGGAGACUCUUCUUAAGCAAGAAGAGGAUCAAGAUCAGGAUGAAGGGGCAUGGAAUUUGGCUAUGGCUGGUGGCACUUGCCUUGGUUUGGUUGCACGAACAGUUGGGGACGAUAUUGUCCCACUUGUUAUGCCAUUUAUUGAAGAGAACAUAACUAAACCUGAUUGGAGGCAAAGGGAGGCAGCCACAUAUGCCUUUGGUUCCAUCUUGGAGGGUCCUUCACCAGACAAGUUAACAUCAAUUGUUAAUGUUGCUCUGAACUUCAUGCUCACUGCCUUAACAAAGGACCCAAAUAACCAUGUGAAGGACACAACGGCAUGGACCCUCGGAAGAAUAUUUGAAUUUUUACAUGGUUCAACUAUGGAGACACCAAUAAUUACUCAGGCAAACUGCCAACAAAUAAUUACGGUUCUCCUCCAGAGCAUGAAGGAUGUUCCAAAUGUUGCUGAGAAGGCCUGUGGUGCUCUGUAUUUUCUUGCCCAAGGCUACGAGGAUUUGGGCUCACCAACUCCCCUAACUCCUUACUUCCAAGAGAUCGUUCAGUCACUUCUUACCGUUAGUCACAGAGAAGAUGCUGGGGAGUCUCGAUUAAGAACUGCUGCAUAUGAGACUUUGAAUGAAGUGGUGAGGUGUUCAACGGAUGAGACUACUCCCAUGGUGUUGCAAUUAGUUCCUGUCAUUAUGAUGGAGCUUCAUCAGACUCUCGAGACACAAAAGCUUUCAUCUGACGAGAGAGAGAAGCAGAUUGAAUUACAAGGCCUUCUUUGUGGGUGCUUACAGGUCAUCAUUCAGAAGCUUGGGUCAUCAGAGCCAACUAAGUAUGUCUUCAUGCAGUAUAUGGAUCAGAUUAUGGGUCUCUUCCUCAGGGUUUUUGCUUGCAGAAGUGCUACCGUGCAUGAGGAGGCAAUGCUUGCUAUUGGAGCCCUUGCCUAUGCAACUGGCCCAGACUUUGCAAAAUACAUGCCAGAGUUCUAUAAGUAUUUGGAAAUGGGUCUUCAGAAUUUUGAGGAGUACCAAGUCUGUGCUGUCACAGUUGGUGUCGUGGGGGAUUUAUGCAGGGCAUUGGAGGAUAAGAUUUUACCUUACUGUGAUGGGAUUAUGACACAGCUCCUUAAAGAUUUGUCAAGCAACCAGUUGCACCGAUCAGUGAAACCUCCUAUCUUUUCAUGCUUUGGUGAUAUAGCACUAGCAAUAGGAGAGCAUUUUGAGAAGUAUUUGAUGUAUGCUAUGCCUAUGCUUCAGAGUGCGGCAGAGUUAUCGACACAAACAACGGGUGCUGAUGAUGAAAUGACCGAGUACACCAACCUUUUGAGAAAUGGGAUAUUGGAGGCAUAUUCAGGGAUAUUUCAAGGCUUUAAGAACUCUCCUAAAACCCAGUUGUUGAUUCCUUACGCACCUCACAUCCUCCAGUUCCUGGAUAGCAUGUACAUGGAGAAAGACAUGGAUGAUGUUGUGAUGAAAACUGCCAUUGGGGUUCUUGGAGAUUUGGCAGAUACUCUGGGAAGUAAUGCAGGUUCUUUGAUUCAGCAAUCUCUGUCGAGCAAGGACUUCUUAAAUGAGUGCUUGUCCUCAGAUGACCAUUUUAUCAAGGAAUCUGCUGAAUGGGCCAAGUUGGCCAUUAGCCGUGCCAUCUCUGUUUGAGGCUGCCAUCACUUGGUAUAUAUUUUUCCUUUUAGAAGUCCCUGCAUGCAUAUGGGUGCGUCGAGUUGAGGUCUGGGUUGCAUUCACUGAGUCAGGUCAUCGCCAUUGUCCGACAACAGAAGUGAUUGAUUCUUCUAGUUGUCACUAACUCUUGCAUUAGCACCAUGGGGUUGGGUUAUUUCUUUUGUCACAGAGAAAGCGGCUACUGAUUGAUUAUCAAAAAUGGGUGAAGGACUUGCUUGAAAAACACAAUAACAGUGUCAUUGGUUAUGAUGGAGGAUUUGGGAUAAAGAGGAGAUGUCGCUGUGAUAUGCUGACUGGGCAUAACUUUGGCUGCUGGAUCAUGGGUUCUUCAUUGGUCCUUGUUUGAUGGCUGAUAUCUCAUUUUAUGAGAAAUGUACCCCAUACCUCCUGGUGGCGCCAUGUUCUCCAAGUGGGUUGAAGUGUCCAAAUGGAUAUCAACAAAGAGUUUGUUCGGGUGCCUCACAGUUUAAAACCGCCCCAGUGCUGUUUUCUUGCGUCUUUUAUGUUUUCAUUUUCCAUACCUUUUCACCAUCAUUUUAUUUUUUUUGGGUUAAUAUAUGUCCUGCAUUGUUUCAAGUGAUAGGUGUCUUGUCUAUUACAGCAGGGUUGCAUUUCAUUUCAUUACUUUUUCUGUAUACUCAUGGGUUUGGAAUUUACCCACAAUUGAGCAUAUUACAUCCUGCAUUUUUUUUUUUUUUUUGCCAGUUGUUAACAGAGCAGGUGUUCCAUAGGUCAAUGUUAAUACAACUCAUUCAUGAUUUAUGUGUGCUGCCUUUUUCUUGCUGUCAAGUAUAGGUUUUCUAUCAUGCUUUUGGAUUGUGUAAUUCAUAUUUUGGUUCUCUAUUUGUGGAGAUUUCUACAUUGAAAUGUAAUUUGUGAUGACAGUGAUAGACUGAGAAGACGAUAAAAAUCUCACUUCUUUUGAGGCA